AUGUACUGCAACCCCUAUGGCAAUCCCAGACACCAAAAGAACAACUCGUCCGUUCCCGAGAUUCCACAAGGACGAGCGGUCGUGAAUGGGAACAAUCUGUUCAAUUGGUUCGACUCGGAAUCAGACUCCGACGACGCUUACGUCCGUCCUGAGGCUACGGGACAGGACACUGACGAUUGGGCAACCGCAACCGAUGACGAGAUGCGCAGUAUUUUGCUGGAUAUCGAAACCGAAGCAUCAGCACAGCUCCCUACCACUGCGGUAGAGGACGAGAGCUGA